CGAGUUGCUGAUCUCCAUCAGUGGUUCGCACAUUUCUCAACACCAUGGCCAUCAUAUCCAUACGGCGGCUUGCUCUGCUUGCCGUUCCACUCUUCUUCCAGCUUGGGAGUGCUACCCAGCAGUGCUACAAUCCUGACGGCUCCGAGUCGUCUGAUCUACCGUGCAGCUCCGACGACAGCUACCAGACCUUCUGUUGUUCGCCAGGCUCUCAAUGUAUCUUGGAUCCAGGUCCAUUAUGCCAGACCUCGAACGGCUACGAGCGUGGGACCUGCACAGUACAAGAUUGGUCUUCGGGAGCAUGUCCCAAGUUUUGUUUAGCCGACUCCACCGACCAAACUGUCGACCGCUGCACUGCCAAAGUCUCCAAUGGCAACUUCUGCUGCGGCUACGACGCCGACGACAACGCCUGCUCCUGCGACACAAACAACAAUACCUUCCCCCUCUACGCUUACACCUCCAUUAAAGUCGCCCAGAGUGCCGCUGCCUCCACAUCCCUCUCUAGCGCCUCUUCUGCGGCCUCAUCAGCGUCUUCCGUGGCGACCACCAACAGCGCCUCAGCUGCUAUCGCUUCCGCAUCAGGCUCCGCGGCGUCAGCCACAGCCUCCGGCACCAGCUCGCCCACCCCCUCGUCCACCUCAUCCGACAGCGGCAUGUCGACGGGCGCGAAGAUCGGCGUCGGCGUCGCAGUGCCCCUCGGCGUCAUCGCCAUCGGCCUGCUGGGCUUUCUCGCGUGGCGCCAGCGCCGCAAGAGCAACGCCGCGGCCAAAGCCGUGUACCCGGCCGAGCUGCCGCCGCAGGGCCACCAAGGCUAUUACGACCCACCGCCGAACGAGGUCAAGUACGCGCACGAAGGCAGCGUGGGGUAUGGUGGUGGCGGCAUUCCGGGCAGCCCGCACCAGCCGCCCAGCGAGAUGUAUGCGCCGCCGCCCGGGCAGCAGCAGGCGUACGAGAUGGAGGGGAGUGGGAGGCUGGGGCAAGGGCAGAAGAGGGCGGGGGAGUUGGAUGGGACUCAGGUUAAUAGGGGGCAGUGAUUUAGUGGAGAAGAGGGUGAGGCCUGAAGGUGGGGAUGUGAGGAUGAUCUAGGUUGACAGUUGUGAUAGCUCUGUGAUAUUCGAUGGGUUUUGGGAUUUGGGAUUUGGCAGGGGAGGAAUGAAUGGGCCGUCUACGCUCUACGGUUUUAUGGGUUUCGAGCGUUUGAGAGCGCGUGGCGUUGGGUCGUUUUGCUACGCCUUAUACUCCUAUACUAUAGUUUCUUUUUCACAUAGCGAAAGCUGAGCUUAUACGAACGCGUCGUUAAUGUCCAUUCCACAUCCAUUUCCGUACG